AUACAAAAACCAAAUUAAAGUAACCUAUUCAAAUUAAAACUCAUAUCGUGCUUAAAUUCUCCAUCUUCUUCGUUGGUUUUGUGUAUCUUCGCUCAAAUGUCACGCGUAGUCCUUCCUGACGAACUCAUCUCAGAAGUCCUAUCAAGCCUUCCGGUGAAAUCUAUUUUGCGAUUCAAAUGCGUCUGCAAACCAUGGGAAUUUCUCGUCUCCGAUCCUUUCUUCAUCGAAAAGCAACGUCAACAAUCACAGAAACGAAACAUGCAUCUCGCGCUGAUCUUGUGCAGGACUACAUGUGAUUCCUAUUAUUACGAUAGGGACUGUUCCGUGGUACCCUUCCCCCUCAACAACUUACUUCAUAAUCCAUCCAUAACCAUCACCGUUCUCCCUCAUUACAGAUUGAACUACAAACACUGCUUCCGAGUUAUCGGUUCCAUCAAUGGAUUACUCUGUUUGUUCAAUUCUUAUUUAACUGCUUCUGCUCCAUAUGGUCCACGUGAUCGAAACACCUCGUUUCGUCUCUGGAACCCCGCCACCAAGAAAAUAUCUCAGUUUGUAGGCAAAAUUACUCAUCCCGAAAGCCAUCCUUAUUUCGGCGGCGAAACCCUAUCUAACUAUCUCAGGUUUGCCUUUGGUUAUGAUAAAUCAACAUACACUUAUAAAGUAGUGGCAUUUUGUCCUAAUCAGGUGAAAAUUUUCACUUUCGGUGAUAAUGUUUGGAAAAAUAUUCAAUGUUUUCCUAUAGUUCCUUUCUAUCAUGUGACUCUUGUUCGUCAUAGACACCAACGUGUGAAUGAAGGCGUGUAUUUGAAUGGCACUGUUAACUGGUUAGCCAUUCCAAAUUCUGAAUAUUUUUGGAGUGAUGACGAAGAUAUUCCGAAAAUAGAUCAAUUUGUGAUUGUCUUAUUGGAUCUGGCUACGGAAACUUACCUCCAGUUGCUUCCGCCUUCAGGUUUAGAUGAAGUUCCAUCUAUUUUGCCAACUAUUGCUGUGUUGAGGGACUGUCUUUGUUUUUCAUAUCAUAUUGAGAGCACCCAUUUUGUUAUAUGGAUGAUGAUGGAAUUUGGAGACCAAAAGUCUUGGACUCAAUUCCUUAAAAUUAGUUAUGACGAUCUUCAAAUUGAUUAUGAUUCUAUUCGGUAUAAUUACCCCUAUAUGAUGUAUCCACUAUGCCUUUCCGAAGAUGGUGAAACAAUUAUAUUAGCAAACAGUCAUGAAGAGCAGGCAUUUCUCUAUAAUUGGAGAGAUAAUAGAGUAGAAAAAACUAGAAUUACAAACAAUGUGUUGUGGAUGUUUUCCCAAAAUUAUAUCGAAAGCUUGGUUACGACCGGUUGAAAUUCGAUGCAGGUUUUGUUGGAGUCUCACGUUGGCGCUUUGGUUAUGUAUGAUCUGCAUUCUAUUACUGCUUCGGUUCGGGUUGUUCAUGUCUGCAUGGGGGCUGGAUGUUAACUGUUCUAUGUAGAAUUUUAGUGCAAAUUUCUCCUCUAAUUUGCAUUGUUGUGGUGGGUGCGCUAAUGUGACAUGUUCUGGCAGCAUUUAAGGCUAUAGAUUUUUACUGUCAUAAAGUUUGUCUGUUAUUACACAGCUUGGUGAUUCAUGGUUAGCAUGUGGCUGAUGCAUAGUUUUCUAAAUCAUAUGGUAAUUGUUUCUUUACAAUUUUAUAAGUGAUUGAUGGUAAUUGAUUUAAUAUACACUCGAUCGAAGAUAAUUCGUUAAUCUGAA